AUGAUAAUAAUAACAACUCAAAUGAUUCAAAAAAAAUCUUUUGAUUCCCAACAACAACGAUUAACAACAACAAAUAAAGAAGUAAUAGAAAUAAAUAUUGAUCCUCAUGAUAGCGAAAUGACUUCAUCGAACAUGAUCAGCUCACUGUCUUUGUCUAGUCAAGAUACUAAUAACAGUACUACAAGUUUAAUAAAUACGAAUAAUAAAAGUCCAUCAAUCAGUGAUUCCGAUGAAGUAAAUGAAGAUUCAAUGAAUGUUACUAGAUCAACUCCUGAUGAAUCAGCAACGAAAAAAAUUAAAAAACAGGAUAUAUUGGAAAUUUUCGAAGAAUGGGAGGAUCAUACUGGUUAUACAUGCAAACUUUGUCAAGCGAAUUUUAAAAAACACGGUCGUUCCACAACCAAUUUACGUCGACAUCUUGGUAUUGUACACAAAAAACCUGAAUAUUUGUAUAAUUCUCAACGAAAAAAAUAUCAAGAUAAAAAUACAUUAAUUUCUGCUGAACUUAAACAACAACUCGAUGAAAAACUUAUUAGUGCAAUAAUAAUUGAUUCACGUUCUUUUAAUGAUUUUGCACGUCCUGGUAUAAAAUCGUUUUUUGCUACUGCAGUACCAAAUUACAAGCCAUUACAUAGAACAACUAUUCGACGACGACUUCAUAUUUUAUACAAACAACACCGUUUAGCACUUCGAAAUGUCUUAGAAAAUAUACCACAUUUGGCAUUAACAACAGACUUAUGGAAAAAUAGUCGAAAUCGAUAUUUUAUUUGUUUAACUGGGCAUUUUUAUGAUAAACAAACAAAACUUAUUUCUAUUACACUUGGAUUUCGUUUGAUACGAGGACAACAUGUUCGAUCAAUCACUACUGAUAAUGCACCAAACAUGAUCAAUGCAGUAUAUGAUCUCGAUAUUGGUAUACAUCAUUCCUGUACGGCACACAAUUUACAUCUUAUGGUCAAGUCCACAGUCCUUCCAUCGAAGAAAGACACCAAAUCUUCAUAUUUAAAUCCGGUGCAAAAAGUCACCACCGGUGAUGUUGAUUUACCAUCAGAAUCGUCUACGGACGAAGAUACUGAUAAUGACGACGAUUAUUCAACAUCUGAAGAACAAGAUCAAGGUAGUACUAGUUUUGAAGAAAAUAAUGCUGACGGUGAUGAAAAUGCAACAUCUAAUAUUCAAAUAUCUACUGAUGAAGACGAAACUUCAUUAUCUUCUGAAGAUGAGCAAAAUUAUGAAAUUCCAUCGAUUGAUGCUCAGACAGAUCCAACUUUACAAAAAAUUCGUUUAUUAAUUAAACAAGUUCGUCGACUCGUCAAUCUUGUUCGUAAAUCAUCAAAUCUACAUGAAUAUGUUCAGCAACAAAAAAAAGAAAAGAAAUUACCUGGUGAUGGUUUAAUAUUGGACUGUAUAAUUCGUUGGAAUUCGUGCUAUCUCAUGCUGAAUCGUUUUGUUGAUUACCAAACUGUUAUAGAAAGCAUGACGAUUCUUCAUCGUAAUGUUAUUGGUAAUUUAUCAUUUUCUGUUGUACAACAUUUGAAACAAAUGAUAUUUACCGAAGACGAUUGGGAUCACUUGAUUUCAGUACGCAAUGUUCUUUGCAAAUUUUAUGAUGCUUGCCGAUGGCUGUCUGGUAAACACUAUCAAACUUUAUCAGUUGUCUAUGUUAUAAAACGUGGCUUAUCCCAUGUUCUUACACAAUCAUCCUCAAGUCCACAAGCUAAAAUUGAAAAUAUAAUUAAAAAAUAUUUACUUAUUGUUUUUAAAUAUCAUUUCGAUGAAAAAUUAAGUGUUGAACAAAAGGAAGCAAUUCUAAUUGCUGCUUAUCUUGAUCCAAAAGUCUAUCGAAAAAUGCUUGAUGAAGAUAAAUAUGUUGCUGAACAAAUUAUUCAUGAAGAAGCUCAAUACAAAUGCUAUAAUUCAGCAGAAUCAUCAUAG